AUGUCGUUUAAUCCUCAGGAUAGUCGAAAGCGUCCUUAUAAUAGUACACAAGCGUACGACAGCCGAGACUCUCCAGCACGGAGCCAAUCAUAUGGGGGAUAUCAGAACGGGAGACAGUCCGGCGGAGGAGGCACCAGAGGUGGGUUUCAAGGCCGACGCAACGAUAGACCCGAGAAGCUGAAUCUGCUACAGCUUUGGAUGGGCGACCUCGAUUCAUCUUGGAAUGAGGAAACUAUCAUCAGUAUAUGGAAUAGCUUGGGUGAAGCUCCAUUGAACGUGAAGCUUAUAAGAGAUAGAGAGGAUCCAACGGGGAGAGGGAAACCAUUAUAUUGUUUUGUAAGCUUUGCAAAUGAGGCAUCCAUUGCAUCUGCUUUUCUGAAAAAUGGAAGCUCUGUUCCAGGCACUGACAAAAGACUCAAAUUGAACUAUGCAACAGGAAGUGGAUCCGGUAGCUCUUCAACCAUCACCAGUAACGACCGGUUUAAUAGAAAACCACAGGAUGACUUCUCGCUUAUGAUCAGUGGAUUAGAGCUCGACACAACAGAGGGUCAAGUGUUUGAUGCAUUCAAUUCGAGGUAUCCAAAUUCUGUAAGACAAGUGAAGAUUAUUGUUGAUACAACAACCGGAGUAUCUCGAGGAUUUGGGUUCGCCAAGUUCAAUUCCAGUGCCACUCAGCAAAUAGUUUGUAAAGAGAUGAAUGGUUUCAUAUUGAAUGGGAAACCAAUUCUGUUGGGAUCUACUGUCUCUGGAGUCAACUCAAGAAAUCAAGAUGUGUUGAGCGAUUCUGUGGAUUUGAACGUGAUUCAAUUGCCACAAGCACAACCAAAGUUGUCCAAGUAUUCUGAUCCAGAAAACACAUGUAUUGAAGUAUCAGGGCUUUCAGCUAGAUUUACGGAGUCUGAAGUCGAGUGCUACUUUUUGUCAUUUGGUGAUAUCAUUUCUUUAACUAUACUGAAAAACUUUGAUUCUUGUUCGAUUAGGUACAGAAUCAGAGAAGAUGCCGAAGCCGCCAUACUAUUAAUGAACCUGUUCACUAUAAACGAUUGCCAGAUGAGGGUCACUUGGGGUGAGCCAAAAGUUCAAGGUUCUAAGCUUAACACCAAUUUGCUGCAGAGGUGUGAAAUUCCCAGAUACCUAGGAAAAGGCCCAUUGACUCGGUUUGACAAAAUGAGCCCCGAGGAAAUAAAGCAAUGGAAACCUCAAGUUCACGAAAUGUCCGAACCAGCUCCCAGUAUGUACCAUAGUUAUAUAGAAGAUGAAGACAGCUUGCCUUUGCAGCUAUUAUAAUGUACGAAUACAAUUCGCGAUCAGAAAAAAAUCUGAUACUCACAGACAGAAUGCUUCCUAGAAAAGAGCAGAAUAACCUAUCGGUGCCAAUUUCACGAGUUGGAUCGUCUGCAAGGCUAAAUCAAUUGAACUCACCGGGAAAUUUCAAUUCUUUUCCCUCAACACCCAAUGCUUAUCAAGUCUCAUCAUUAAAUCCUAUACGAGCGUCCAGCAGGUCUGUUCCUCCUAAAUCAAUUCAAGAUCAACAGUUUGAAGAGAAAUUCAAUAACCUUGAGAUUGUUCAGAUUGUUAGAGAUUUUGAGGAACAAUUGGCCAAUCUUUCACGAAAGGCCAGUUCAUUUGAAGCUGAUGGACUUGAGGACACAAUCUCUUCGUUAGUUGAUAUCAACCAACAAAUAAUAGAACAAAUUGACCAGCUCGGAAAACACAAACAGUUAGGGGAAACAAUUCAAGCUCUUGAAGAUGAGAAAGUUGGCUUAGCCGAUAGGUCAAGAAGUAUAUUGAAACUGUUGAUAGAGUUCAGAUCUGAGUUGAAUAAGUUACCUUCUUUGCCCACCAACAAGACUGAACCUCAAGAUUCUUUAGCUGACAUGGACAUCGAUGAAGUGUUGAAGUACGGAAUGAAGUUGUCUAAGUUUACAAAAGUUCCCCCCUCGGCCAGUGGAAUGGUAUAUCAAAUACAUCCAAACAAUUUUAUUUGGCCAGCAGAGGAUUCUUUGAGAAGAGGAAUGCUUGCAAUGAGCUC